AUGGCAAGAGGUUGGCCUCAUGGGGAAGGAUUCCUCCUCUGCCUCAUUCUUCACCUUUUGCUUCAAGGCAGAGGGGACACUUUCACCAUCAACUGCUCAGGGUUUGACCAGGAUGGGGUGGACCCUGCUGCCUUCCAGGCAGCGUUUGAUAGAAAGGCCUUCCAUCCAGUCAUCAACUACAGCAUCCCCACUGAGGUCAACAUCUCCUUCACCCUGUCUGCCAUCCUAGAAGUGGAUGCACGACUUCAGCUGAUGACAUCAUUCCUGUGGCUAAAUGUGAUCUGGUACAAUCCAUUCAUCAGGUGGAACCCAGAGGAAUGUGGGGGCAUCAGGAAGCUCAGCAUGACAACCAAGAACCUAUGGAUUCCAGAUAUCUACAUCGAAGAGUUCAUGGAUGUGGAUCAGACACCUAUGGGUCUUAUGGCUUAUGUCAACAGUGAAGGUCGCAUCAGAUAUGAUAAGCCAAUGCGGGUGACCAGCAUCUGUAACCUGGAUAUCUUCUAUUUCCCCUUUGACCAACAGAACUGCACGCUUACCUGUUCUUUCAUCUAUACUGUGGAGGACAUGGUCCUGGGCAUGGAGAAGGAUGUGCAGGAGAUUUCAAACACGUCACUGAACUGCAUUCGGAGCAAUGGGGAAUGGGUACUUCUGAGUAUUCACCAAAGAAUGGAGAAGAUGACUAUGGGCACCAGACAGUAUGACCAGAUCAUUUUUUAUGUGGCCAUCAGGCGCAUGCUCAGCCUUUACGUGAUAAACCUUCUGCUGCCCAGCGGCUUUCUGGUUGCCAUUGACACCCUCAGCUUCUACCUGCAGGCAGAAAGCGAGAAUCGUGCCCCAUUCAAGAUGACACUUCUAGGCUACAACGUCUUCCUGCUCAUGGUGAAUGACUUACUCCCUGUCAAUGGCACCCCCCUCAUUAGUGUCUACUUUGCACUGUGUCUGUCCCUGAUGGUGGUCAGCCUACUGGAGACGGUCUUCAUCACCUACCUGCUGCACCUGGCCGACACUGAGCCCCCACCCAUGCCUCAGUGGCUCCACUCCCUUCUGCUGCACUACACCAGCCCCAAGAAGUGCUGCCCCACUGCACCCCAGAAGGAAAAUAAGGGCUUGGGCCUCACCCCCACCCACCUGCCUGGCCUGAAGGAGCCAGAGGUGUUGGCAGGAAAGAUGCCCAACCCUGGAGAGGCAGAGUUAAAUGGGCGCCCUGAAUCAGCAAGGGCCCUGCAGGAACCCGAGGCCCAGAAGAAGCACCUGGUUGACCUGUGGGUGCAGUUCAGCCACAUGAUGGACACCCUGCUCUUCCGCAUCUACCUGCUCUUCAUGGCCUCCUCCAUCAUCACGGUCAUCAUCCUCUGGAACACCUAGGCUGAUGCCCACCUGCAAACUCCACCUGGAGCUUCUCCUGACCUCCAGAGACCAGCCAGGUUCUCAGGCCUGUCCAGAUCCCAGUUUCGUGGCCCUAGCAACAAUCUACUUUUUAACCCAGUCCCUCUGUGCAGUUUCAGAGCAGAC